AUGAAGAUUUAUGCUUGUAAAACAUUCACCUUUAACGAACUAAUUAGUUCUCACCAUCCUCUUUAUUUCGCUGUGUCGCUUAGUUACUCGCCGGAGUAUCUGGUCUCUGAAUCGCCGGAGAACAAGAUCACAUUCAAAGCUUUUUCUGGAGUCUUUCACCGGAAUUUGCUUCGCCACUCGCCGGAGAACAAGCAGCGAUCAACGGAGUAUUCGUGUUACGCAGCAGAGAACAAGCAGCAGUUACCGGAGUAUUCGUAUUCGUUUAUCUAUUUGCAUUCCUCGCCCAAUUCGUUCGCCGGUGAAAUACUUGUUUCUGAAUCGCCGGAGAACAAGAUCGCAUUCAAAUCUUUUCUGGGUCGAGGACAGAGUCUUUCGCCGGAAUUUGCUUCGCCACUCGCCGGAGAACGAAGAUUCACAUCAAAAAAGCUUAAACGAACAGCGAUUAAUGGAGUGAUUGUGUUACUUAGCAGAGUAAAACUUCCCGGCGUGAUAAUCUAUUUCAAUCCUCGCCCAACUAGCUCGCAGCUGACAUAUUUGUCUCGGAAUCGUCUCGCCGGAUUUACAAUUUCUCUGGGUCUCGUCGGAGUUACGCCGCUCGUUAAGUUACAAUCGCGGAAUAUCCAGGUACGUUUCCGGUCUCGGAAUGAGAACAAGAUGAACAUUUAA